AUGCCGAUUAGGAGCGAGUGGACGCUUGCGCGCGAAGGCUGGACACUGGACACCACCACGCGCCUUCUCAAGGCCACGGCUUUCAAUCCCCUUUUCACAGUGCCGCUCAUUCUUGCUGCAAAGUACACCUCGCGGGGCUCGCAGCUCGCCUUUCAAAAUGAGACACUAUUCCGCGCCCUGAGGUCGCUCGCUGCACUGAGUGUGCUGGGCUCCAUCAGCGGCUGGCUCGACGACAAGGUAGUCAACAACUGGAAGAGCGAUGAAUGGGACUGGAAGAAGGAAGUCGUCGUCGUGACCGGCGGCGCGGACGGCAUAGGCAAGAGCAUCGUGCUCCUGCUCGCAGAGAAAGGCAUCAAGGUCGCCGUCCUCGACGUGCAGAAGCUCACAUACGAGGCUCCCCCCUCCGUCCACUACUUCCAAUGCGACCUCGCCUCCAAAGACGCAAUCACCUCCGCCGCCUCUUCCAUCCGCACAACCCUCGGCGACCCCACCGUCCUCAUCAACAACGCAGGCUGCGCCCGCGGCAAAACCGUCCUCGACGCCUCCGAACAAGACAUCCGUCUCACCUUCAACGUGAACACCCUAGCGCACUACUUCCUCGCGCAGCAAUUCCUCCCCAGCAUGAUCGCACAAAACCACGGCAUGCUCGUCACCGUCGCCUCCCUAGCCGCAUACCUCCCCGUCCCCAAAAUGGUCGACUACGCGGCGUCCAAAGCCGCGUCGCUGGCCUUCCACGAGGGGAUAAGCGCGGAACUAGCCACGCAUUAUAAAGCGGAUAAGGUGCGUACGAUUGUUAUGUGUCAGGGGUACACGCGGACGCCGCUGUUUGAGGGGUUCAAGGGGAGCGCGCUGUAUCCUGAGACGGUGGCGGAGGAGAUUGUCAAGGCGGUGUUGAAGGGGAGGAGCGCGCAUUUGAUGUUGCCGGAGAACCACUGGGGUGUUGUGCCUAAGAUAAGGAGUUGGCCGCUUUGGAUGCAGUAUGGACUGCGGAAGGGAUUGAAGAAUCUGAUGGAGGGGUGGCACGGGAGGCAGGUUGCUCAGCCGAGUGAAGCGCAGGGGGAGAAGGGCGUGGAGGAGAGUGGCGUGUUGGUCGAGGAGCACUGA